GGCAUCACGUCGAAGUUUCACUAGUGAGUUGCUCUUGCUUAAUGCGUUAACAAGUAAUAUAAUAAUAAUAUAAUUACAACGGGUUAAAACAAAGUUGAUUUUAUAUAUGUGAGAAUUAACAGUGAUUUACGAAUAAAAGUAAAAUUAAAAUAAGAUACCUAGUGUUUCAACUUCAAUUUGAAUCGGCCUGUGAAUUAAAAAUAAAAAAAUGACCGAAAGUAAUCUUUUGUGCGCGUGCAUGCUACGGUUAUCUAUUUUAGUUGGUCUUCUAUCAGUUGUGGUCACUAUAAUCUAUUAUACGCCUAUUCCCGAUCUUGAAGCUUCAAAACAAAAUUGUGAUAGAGAAUGUCAUGAACUGGAUUGGCCGUUAAUUUGUAGAUAUAAAAUUGUGCUGGAGACUCAAAAUAUUCAAAACGAUUGUCAAAAGUGUUUCUCCAACAAUCAAACGGAAUGCCAAAAUAAUAUUUAUUGCAAUAGAUUUUCAGAGAAAAUUAUUACUGCUAAUAGACAAGUUCCUGGUCCAUCUAUAAGAGUUUGUGAAAAUGAUAUAAUGGUAAUAGAUGUUGUUAAUCGAAUACCUGGUCAUAGUGUUUCGGUACACUGGAGAGGUCAGUGGCAAAAAGAGACUCCAGUAAUGGAUGGUGCACCUAUGGUAACACAAUGUCCAAUAUUACCACAUACAACAUUUCAAUAUAAAUUUAGAGCGGCUCAAGCAGGAACUCACUGGUGGCAAAUAUUAUCGGGCGACGAGUUGUCCGAUAGAGUAUUUGGAGCAUUUAUAGUGAAGCAGUCCAAAAGAAAAGAACCACAUGUCUCCAUUUAUGACUUUGAUGAAAUCCCACACGUUUUACUUGUAGAAUAUACGACAUUGACUCAAAAUGGUUUCAAUGAAAUGCGUAUAAAUGGAAUCGCGUCGAACACGUCAAUCACAGUACAAAAUAAUAGCAAGUAUAGAUUCAGAAUAAUAAAUACAGGCGGAGUUUCGCAAUGUCCAAUAGAAAUAAAAGUUCAUAAACAUCAUAUAACAGUUAUAUCAGUAGAUGGCCAUGCGAUUGAACCUAAACCAGUUGAUGUUAUUCAAGUUGAACCAGGUGAAACAUUAGACUUCAUUUUAACAACAAACAAAAAUAAAGGAAUUUUUGACAUGAUGGUUAGUUCAGAGGGUCACUGUAAGAGCAGUAAUCACACACACACAUUGUAUAUACAAUACAACUCGACAUUAAAUAAUAUUAUUUCAGAUACAAACAAUGUUGUACAAAAUACUGAACGCGGGGAUCGACGUUUGUCCAUUACAAGUCUAACAAGCUUACCUUACGAGUUGUCUGCAGUUAAAUUGAAAAAUACAAUUUAUUUGGGAUUUUCUUCGAUUCAAUAUCAACUUGGUGAAGGAAGCUGGUCAUUGCCGAAUUUUAACAAUAUGUCAAUGGUGCUACCUUCCGCUCCGCUGUUAUUGCAACAGCCUGAAGAUGUGAUAGUGUGCAAUGCAGAAAAUGUACCACUCAAAUGCCGGUCUAGUAUCACAUCUUGCGAGUGUACGCAUGUCAUUGACUUACCGUUGGGUACUGCUACGGAAUUAGUUAUUUUCGAUACAGAGCACACGCUGUUCAAAACGGAUAGAUCCCAUUCGUUUUAUUUGCAUGGACACAGUUUCUACGUGGUUGGCCAGAGGAGCAAGGCGUUCGUAAAGUCAGCGGAUCAUGCAAAGAAGUUGGACAGUGAUGGGCAUUUAGUACACAGGAAACUCGAUAGGUCGGUGCUGAAAAACAGCGUUGUCGUGCCAGCAGCAGGUGUAUCUGUUGUACGAUUUAUCGCUGACAAUCCCGGAUAUUGGUUAUUCAGGAGUGAAAAAACUUCCGAAUGGUCCAGUGGCUUAUCAUUGAUAUUUAGAGUGACAAAUCCUUCUGGAAAUUUUCCUCAAGUACCUGAAGACUUUCCUAAAUGUGGAAAUUUCAUAGGACCAGAAUUUUUUUUGGCUUGAUAAUGUUGAAAUAUUUCAAUCAUUGUUACCGUAUUAAUCUUGAUCUCCAACAAUAUCCUUAAGGUAUAUGAUAAGAUAUAGGCUGUAAUAGUUUUAAAUAUGAAUGUUACAUGUAAGUUUAUUUUUUUUAAGAAUUAGUUAUUAUUUAUUAUUUCAGUUUAUAUUGUUUGUAACCAUUGUAAUAUGUAAAAAAAUUAUAAUGUAUAAUGUAUUACCAGUUCCCAUGUACCUAUAAUUUAUUUUAUGUAAUGAUAAAUUUGCUUCUGUAUAAAGCCAACAUUUAAUAUCCGUAUCCUAUAAAAAUAUAUUUUUUUAUUUUAUCUUAAGCUCAAUUAAAUAGUGGUU